UAUCAACACAGUAAGCAGAUCCAUAACAAACAUUGUGUAGAAAUGGCUCAUUGGUUCCAUAGAAAUGUUUUUAAAGCGACAGCACCAGUUAAUUUCGAUCUAAAACUAAUAGCCAUGGAUGGUGAAGCAUUAAAAAUUUGUAGUGACCUGAAACAGUCCAGAGCACGGCUUAUUCAGUUAUUCCCAGAUGCCAACCAUGCUCCUGAGACUGUUGAUGUUGCUUUCAAUCAGUAUAUGGCUAUUUUUAUUGGUUUUUUAACUUCACCUGACAGUAAAAGUACUGGAGUAGAAAGUAAGAUGCGUUAUAGCGUGCUUUUUAAGUGGACACACACUCUGCUGGGAAAUAAACCGCAGUUGAUGAGAGACUCAUAUUUUGAGGGUGCUAACAUGAGCUAUAAUGUAGCAAUUUGGUACAUGAAACACGCAGCCAUGCUUGCUGGAAAGGACGACAUCACCAUGGAAGAAGCAAAGGAAGUGCACAAAUGCCUAAGGAAAGCUGCUGGCAUAUUCAGGUUUAUUCAAUCCCAGUAUUUGCCUCAGUUACCAGGGAAACAGCUUGAGGGUGGUGAUCUUGAUCCACGUGUCCUGUCUGCUUACUUGACACAAUGCACUGCAGAAGCACAAGAAGUCACAGUUGCAAGGGCAGUGGAACUGAAACACAAUCCAAGCUUAAUAUCUGCUUUAUCGAAUGAGACAUCCAAAAUGUUUGCUGAUGCUGCAACGGUAUUAGCUACAGUUGAGCAAGCAAAGCAGUGGGUGCUCUACCUGAAGAUUAAGGCAGCUUUCUAUGAAGCUUAUGCAUACACUUUUUGUGGAGAAAAUCUCUUGUCACAAGACAAGUGUGGAGAAGCUGUAAGGGGCUUACAGGAGGGUCAAACCAGUUAUAAAAGGGCAAUAGAACUUAGUAAGGAAUAUGCAAAAACUAAAGGCCCUGCUCCAAAAGUGCAGCCAGAAACUCAUGCAUCUUUUCGUCGGUUGUCACCACUUCUAAACCGAACCUUGGAAAAGUGUGUAAGAGAAAAUGGAUUCAUCUACCAUCAGAAGGUACCUGCUGAUCCACCGGAACUAGAACAUAAGGCAACCUAUGGGCUGGCCAGCCCUGAGGAAUUCUCAAUGCCAUCACCAUGUCCUCUCUGGAACCCUGCAUCAUAUGCUGCAUUUGAUGACUCUAAAAAUGCUGCAGCCAAUGAUCCAACAUCCAGCUCGAAUACAGCAGCAAAACUGGAAGGAGAACUUCCAGCAGUGAAGGAAGCUCAAGUUCACCAGUCAUCUAAGGACCCAAAGACUGAAAGUGGAUGCAGCCUACAAUAACAUAAAAAUUUCAGUGGUACUAUUGGUUCUGGGGCAAGUCAAGCUUACGAAGUGCAGCUGUUUAUAUGUCUGUGUUAUCACAGAUUGCGUAAAGUAUUCCUGUUCACACACACUCUGUAACCAAAUACAUAAAUGUAACAUUUAACUAUUUGUGGCAAUUUCUUUGCUUUUAGUUGUGCCUCUUGGGCUUGAUAUGCAGUUUUACAUGUGUAGUAUAAAUUUUAAUUAAUAUUGUAAAAGUGCUAUUACUUAAUGUUGUUUUGCUUCAUAUUAGGCAGAGUCAAUAUUCAGCUCUCAAAGCUAGAUGUCUAUAUACAGAAAAUAUAAUGUCUUUAAGACUUUAAUUAUUACAACAUUUUGUUUUAUUUUCAAAGUAUUAUCUUCUACUGUAUAAUUAACUGUUUGCACAUACAUUGUUGUUCCUGAAGAGGAAAUUUUUGACAUUGAUUACUACAGUUCCUUUGACAUUAAUUUUAUUUUUUCGUAUUUUAGUGGAAGCAUUUAUUUAUUUAUUUAUUUACAAAAUAAUUGUAAGAUAAAGAUGUAGAGAAGAAAAUAUAUAUUUACAAAGAAAUUGUAUAUAAAAAUUAUAUUUUUAAAAGUUAUGUGGUACAUGCUUUAAUGCUGAUGUGAUAAUUACAUUUGUGCUUUUUGAGUGGGGUACUCUGUUUUAUGAGUUAUAUGUUGCCUGAUUAUUUUAAUAGCAGAUAAAUGUGAAUAUUUUUACCAGUUAACGCUUUUGUGUUACUACCUGUAGAUGACGCAAUCAUUGUACAAAAGUAUGCUUUGUAUAUGGGCAAGUGCUGUAAGAUUUUAAGCCUUCAACAUUAUUAGAAACAGAUCACUGUAUCCAAACACAAAACAGAACUUUUUAACAAAUAUUCAAUUGAUUGUACAUUGACAGGAAGUGGUAGAAUGGUGAUUGGCUACUGGAGGACUCAACUGUUGUGUUCAUUAGGUGUUAGAAAUUUUACUUCCUAUGCUUUCAUGAGGGUUACUUCUAAGUUAAUACAAUACUCAAAGGAUUUAAAAGUGUAUAAUGUAAACCGCAGUGCUUCUGCAGUAUUACUCAUCUUUGUUAUGAAGACCCCAUGUCUGUCUCAAAUAAGAAUGAGUACCUCAAGUAAAGGAAAGGCAACUACUCACCUGUAGCAAACUGAUGUGUGGUACAUAGACACACGUAAAAGAACACAGUAGUAACUCGAUUUCACACCCUGACUCGUCUUUUAGCAGAAAAUACACACACUACCACGCAGACACCCAUAUGCACACUGAAUACUUCCUUAAUCUAAGGUUUGUUUGGUUUCAAUUUCAUGACUGUAGACUUGUUUGUGCUGAGCAAUUGGCAUGUCACGCUGAAGUGUCCAGCAAUAGUCAGCCACAACAACACAAAUUUUAAAGAGCAAUGUUGCCGCAGUAGUGUGUGAUGCUGCUCUCUGAUAACACUGAAAAACAGAGUUUAAAAAUUGGCAAAUAUCGUGGUAUCCAACACUUAUUCUAAGACAAGUGAAACAUGCUGAUUCAAAAUACACAAACCAUUUGUCUCUACCAUGCACCGUUUUUUAGUACUACGUGAUGCAUAUGCUAUAUAGUAAUAUCUAGUUCAAGAUAUAAUACACACAAAAUCCAUACACAUUGACAAUACUUCUUUAAUUUAAAGUGUGUUUGGUUUGAAUUUCUUGGCUGUAGACUUGUGUUCAUGCUGAGCAUUUGGUAUGUCACGCUGAAGUGUCCUGCACUAGUUACCUAACAUUGCUGUAGUCCAUCAGCGCUGAUACUGUCACUCCAUUACUGAGUUAUCCUGUUGAAAAUGUUCACAUGUUUGUCACUCGCUGAACCUAGGUUUUUGGGGAAGAAGUCAAGAUGUGAGUUGAGGAGAUGAAUUUUGAGGGGAAUGUUGACACCCAGCUGUUUGUAUGCACUGAUGCACUUCUUCACAACAUUUACAUAGUCAGCAGAUUUAUAAUUUACAGCUGAUUUGUAUACCACCCAUGCGUUUCUUUCUGAAUCAUUCAGUAAGUCUUGGAAAUGACUGUUACCAAUUACCUUCCUUAUUUGUGGACUUAUUGACUCACCUUCUUUCACUUUCAUAUAACUCAACUCUGGAAACUUGUUGCCCAAAUAUCAAAAAGCAUCUGAAUCAUUGCCUAGUGCCUUCACAAAAUUGUUCAUGAGCCCCAGCUUGUUAUAGAAUGGUGGUGUGAUAACUUUGUCACAGUCAGUCAGUGGCACAUGAAGGACAUUUUUAUUUCCUGGCUAGAUUCUGUUUCUGAUUGGUCAGAUUUUCUGUAUGUAGUGGUUCUUACUACUCUACCGUCCCACUUGCAGAUAAAACAGCAGUACUUGGUGUACCUUUUCUCCAUUCCCAUGAAAAUGGUGAUAACUUUUAAGUGGCCACAGUACACCAUUUAUACUCAUGAUACCACACUUUUUUUUUUCAAAAAGUAACAACAUAUUUUAAUAUGUCUCUUUCAGGAGGGUAGAAUAUCCAGCUGGUACUGCUGCAUACUUGUUUCCUUGUAUAACAACACUGCUUUCAAACUCUCUUUUAGAUGAGUUAAUGAAGAACCACCAUGCUUCUGUGUUGUGUUCUACCCCGAGGGUUGACAUGAGGCAACAAAUGCCUCUACAGUAGCAAAUAGUGUCACUCAUUGCAAAGAAUUUCACAAAUUCUUCAUGUCUGUGGCAAAAAUAUGAAGUCGUCGUAUCCAGUGCCAGCAAAUUAAAUUCUUUAAUGCACGAAGUGAGCAUUUCAGCUUGUUAAUGCCAGUCCAGUACAAAAUCACAAAGAUCAGCAUUGUUCAUUAAAUGAAUACCUUCUCCAGAUUGGCAAUCAAAGUCUGAUACAUUGCUGAAAGAUGAAAGAGAACUUUCUUGCAUUUCUUCAUCAACUGUAUUUUCUGGAGGUGCUAUUUAUUGGCAUUAAACAAGUGGUGGGAUCAUGUGGAACUGGUUUAGAAACUAAGAGAACAUUGGGCUACAUUACAGAUGCACAAGUAUUGUAAGAAAAAUCUAGUGACAUUUGCUGAACAAGUAACAGUCUGUGAUGUGGUAGCUUGACUCACGCCAUAUCACAGGAACUCCAAAUGCCAGAUGGUUAUUCUUCUUCAUCUUCCUUAUCCAGUCAUGCAAGUUGCAUGCACAUGUCCAGCAGUCAAACUGUGGUGACCACAAUUUACCAGUAUCCACCUAUGAAUUGAAGUAGAAUUCAUAUACUUUCUUCAGAAAUGGUGUAAAAUUCUUCCAAUGGGCCUUGUAUGGUAGAUAGAUGCACACAUAGCAGAACAAAUCGGGUGAAUUUAUGCAACCUCCGUGCCUUAAUACUGUCCUAAACUGAAAAUAAAAAAGAAAUGAAUGAAAUAUUAGUAGUGCAAUAUCAAAAAUGUUUUGACAUAUUACCUUAAAUAUAAUUAUUUUUACAGUCAACAAAAAUAUUGUAUGGUGUUGCACAAAAAAUUAACUGAAAAUAUGGGGGCAAAAGAAAUUAAUGGUGGUCCAUUAAAAUUAACUUUUGUCAAUAUCUUCAAAACAUGACACAGUAGAGAAAAAUGAUUUUCGGACUUGAAAUUCGAAUACCAAACUACAGUACAAAAACAAAAUACCACAUUAGAUAUCUAGAGCUAGUUUAUCAAUGUUGCCACAGCCAUGGUUAUGGGCGCUUGAGUGUCUUUGUGAUUUUGCAUGUGGAUGUGUGUACUUUCUACCAGAAGGAAAGCAGGGCUCAGAGGUUGUCUUUCCUUUAUUUUAUAUAUCAAGUAAUAAUGAAGUACAAAUGAGUGCCCUAGCUGUCUUUCUUCUUCUUCUUCUUCUUCUUCUUCUUCUUCUUCCUUUUUUUUUUUUGUGUGUCAGGUUGCAAAUCCAAGGUUUGAGAUUCAAUCCCUGAUUUAUCCUUGGAUAUUGUUUCUAGCACCUAAUGUGACUAAACACUAACAAUUCUUAGUGUGUGGGAAAAAUGCCUAAUUAGUGUAUGGUUCACUAUAGAAAACAGUAUAAGCCACCCUCUAACUGACUGGGUAAGCUAGGUUGGAUGAUGGUGGAAGAGGAAAGUGCACCAUGUCUAAUAUGUCCAUAUGUGGUAAAGUCCUGUGAUCAUAGUAGUGUGCAAACAAAUCUAUGACUUUAAUAACACUUUAUGUUUUUGUGGUGUGUGAAAUAUUUUGGUGGACAUGUGGUAAUAUACAGUAUUCUAGCUUAGAUAACAAUUUAUUCUAAGCUUUCUCUGGCAAAGAUCAGGCUUCUUCAGUUAAUUCUGUAAUGAUUUUCCCCAUUGAUGUUGUAAUUUAUAUGUUGGAACCAUAGUGACUACUGGUGUAACAUCGUUAAUUCAUCAGACUGUGUAGAUAUUUGCUCUACUGUCUUGUAAGCAUUAAGUAAAAUAUGGUGAUGUACCUUAAUAAAAUGAAUGAAGUAUC